AUUUCUUUGUCAUCAAUCUCUUUUAUUAAUUCGUUGUAACUGUUAUACUUUGAUAAAAUUAAUUUAUUUUAAGUGUUUUGAACUGUAUCUUUCGAGACAUUUACUUCUUAUACAAUGGGCGACGCUUGUCAAGCUUGCCUGACGAGGGUUCCUCAUGCAACCCUUAUAGCUACAAUUAUGUGUUGUUUGGGCGUGGGGGUGUUUUGUGGCACAAUGUACCGAGGAUCAGCUUUAUCUAUUCUGAUGUUCGACGAAGUAUUCCAUUUUCGAUUGAUAUGGAUUGAAGCACUGCAAAUGAUUUUUAUUGUUGGGAGUGCUUGCAUGGCAGCUUUAGGAUUUAUGCUGCUGUGUUUGGGUUGUCUAACAACAGGUGCAACAAGACAAAAAGUAUACAGAGCAUGGAGGGCACGAGUCGGCGGCAGGAUAUCGUGCGCAGUAUUUAUGAUUAUCACUUACAUCCUGACAUUCACGUGGCUUGUAUUAUUGGGUUUCCUGGUUAUAACAACAUUUCUGUUUACUAUCUUUUGGAAACUGUGCUCGAAACCGAAAAAUAUAGAACUAAUGACUUGCAUCGAUUUCACGCAAUUCGACUUUAUGUUCCCGUCUACUGUUAAACAAGAAGAUAUGAAGAUAUGUGAAGCUCAUAAAGUUAAGCUGUUCUGUAAAGAUUAUGUUGAGAAGGCAGAAUUCAUGUUUAUACUGGCAAUGGUGUCAUGUGUGCUGGUGAUUUUGAGUUUAGUUCAUUAUUUGAUGUGUUUGUCAGCUAAUUAUGCACAUAUCCGUGAUCAUGAUAAGUUCCAAGAGUUGCAGGAGCUGCAGUACCUCGCUACAAAUGACAUGCAUUCGUCUAAGGAUAGAUUCUAGUAUAUGGCCCGAGCGCCCCUACUGCGCUCCUUAGAGGCCACCACUAAGAUGUGACAUGGUAAGCACCCACAUUUGUGUGCGGCCAAACAAGAUGUUCACUGACUAACUUAAAUUUAUUAAAAGACUGAUGCGCAGUGGUUGGCAAACCUCUACAGAAGUCAGAAUAUUGGGAUAAGAUAAUACUUUCAACAUAUCUAAAUAUUAUUUUGUAGUAUUGUUGUUAGUGCACUUAGUUUUAUAUUACAGUUGUUUUCGUCCAUUUAUACAUUCCUAUAAGUAUGAUUUUAUUAUUAUAAAUAAAUUAUGUUUAUUACUUUGAUGUUUAGGUACCUAUUUAUAUGGGGUAUACCUUGCAUUUAAUUAUAGAGGAGUGUUUAUAAUCCUGCCAAUAAUAAUUUAUUUACACAAACAUUAUAAUUAUUUACACAAGUAGGUAGUGUGACUCGAACAUUAUUUGUUAUGGAGUGAGUCAUUUGAAUUUUCUCUGACUUGGUAAAUGCAACUGUAAAAAAUGUUGCAAGCGCCAUAGUAAUAUUUUUAGGAGCCAAUAAAGUGAUAUAUAAAUUGUAUUAAAUUUAUAUUUUGCAGUAACAAACUAAAGGUAUUAUUUUUUGCUAAGUAAAAUUAUAAGGUUGUACUACUAUCGGUGUAAGUAUGUAUUGUAUGUAUUGACUGUUUAGGUAAUGUAUAAAAAUCCAUUGUCUUUCCUACAAGAUAGAUGUAAUUGAAAAAAGUAUAAGUAGAUAAGUUAUAGAAUGUACUCUUGGUCCUUAUGGUAACCAUUAUGGUUUUGGAACAAUAUGAGAAAUAUUUCUAUAUCAAAAUACAAAUAUUACAAUUUGUGUACAAACUGCACUGCCUCCUGAGAUUGGUUAGAUUAUUAAGUAGCUUUUAUAUGGUAUGAAUUUAAUGAAUCCACCCUUAUUUAUCUGUAAUAAUUAUUAUUAACUAGGUGUAAGUUGUAUUGUAAUCAUAAGUCGGCUUUUUGACCAGAUCUUUAUUUAUAACCAUAGUAAUGUCACAAUUUUGUAAUUUCAUUUAAAAAUGUUUCUCAUAAAAUUGACUAAGAAUCAUA